UCAAUCAAAUUAGGUUACGUGUCAAAAAAACAUCUGUUUUUAAUUUUUUAACAAUAUAAACGAUUGAAUAUGGAUGAAAUUGAAUAUAAACUAAAAACCAACAAUAGUGUUUUAAUCGUUAAUGCCAUAGACAAAUUAAUUUACACGAUCAAAUCCAAAUAUCAGCCGGCUGAAAGACAAAAGUUUGUGUUAGAGAACGAAGAACUUAAAUUUCUCAGAGAAAAAUGUUCUUCGGAGAAUACUCUUGUCAGUCUUACUGCAUACCAGGGUCUACUAGCUCUGGUGGAGUUUGGAGUGUUAGAAAUUGGGCAUACUAUGUCUACUGUUAUAACCUUACUUUCAACUGCACACAACUACUCUGCAACAAUAUCAACAAUGGCUGGUCUGUUAAUUCUCGACUUACGAUCGCGUCUUAUCCCUGGUCAACCAUACAAAUGUCAGUUCUCUCUUAAGUCUCCGCAGCAUCCUCUUAUAUCUGUGCUGGAGAAAAAUAAAGAGGCUGAAGAUGAUGUUCUUGCGCAAAUGCAUGCAUUGUGCACACACCCUGAGUACAAGAUAUCAUCGAAUAGCUUAGAACUUCUCCGUUCCGUGUUCUUCUGGCUGUUGUGCAAUCCUCAGCGGCAGAGUGCAAGUAUCAGGCCGUGGCAAAUGUUGCUAAGCUUGCAACAGACAACUGCGCAGUCAGCACUUCUACUUCACUGUGUCUCCUGUCAACAGAUGUGCAAUCCAGCGAUGUUGGAGCGGGCAUUCGCAGCGUAUAGUGCGGUAACAGACACAUUCAUAUACCAGCAGAGGCGUGAUUACGUGAUGGCACUGCUGCCACUGCUUGCCAGGAUAUCCAAUGAAAUGCUGAAACAUGGGCGUGACCCUCGUGCGUGUUAUAGUCUGAUAGAGAGGUGCUUCGCCCUCGAGGCGCCUGAGCUGCGGACAGUCGCGGGUUUCACUGUUCUACUUUUGGCUGACAACCUCACACAGAGCUCUGCACUGUACUUACAUGAAUUGUUUAACUUGUGUCUAAAUAUAAUAAGUAAAUAUGAAUACUCAGCGUUAAGUUUGAAUGCAUUUGCUGCGUUAUCUCUACAAUGGCUCCAUCUGCCUUCGUAUUUAACAACAAAUGCUUUAAAAGUUGCUUCAAGUAUACUUGAUAUCUAUCAAAGUGGGAACAAAGAAGACAGUGGUUUAUAUAUGCCUAAUUUAAAAGCAAAUAAAAUAUUUCAAACUUUAUUAUACACAGACGGACAUCUUUACAAAAUGUUUAAAGUUAUUGAAACAUGGGAAAGAGUUAGAGAUGACCCUAAAAAAUUGAUACAAUGGUUUGAAUUAUUAAUUAAAUCAAAUAAUAAUUUAAAAAUAGAUAUUUUACCUUUCUUUGUUGGUUUAAUAUUUGAAAAGAGGAAAGAAGAAUUUGACGACGUUAUGUUGAAGGCAAUAAGGGUCAUAAUUGAACUUGUUGAUGUGAAAAAAGAUUUGUCAGUGGCAGUACUGCCUAUUUUAAUGUACGUGAUAGCGAACGACCCACGGCCUCAUGUUAAACUGGAAUGCUUGAGGGGUCUACCUUUAAUGGCUAAGACAAAGGAAAAUGUGCCAACAAUAGUUAAUAUUUUAAAUAAAUUGAAAACAAACAAAGGUGUGCCAACUUCUGUUCUAAUAAUGUUGUAUACAAGUCUAGCUGAAACACAGGUGCGUUGUUUCCCGUAUCUACAAGAGUUGUUGUUGGAGCAGCGCUCAGGCCGACCUGAUGACCUCAAGUGGGAGAUCGACGUCGCAAAAGCUCUCGCCGUAAAACGCAUCUGUGAAUUGAGAGCAUCAAGUCACGGUCUAGAACUGGUGUCGGUGAUUUCGUCAAUUCUGAACAAGUGUACAGAUCGUGGCGGUGCUGCGGCCACUUCGCUGUCGCUGAGCGCGCUGGCGGCGCUGUGGCGCGGCGCCGCGCUGGCUCCGCCCGGCACCUGGCGGGCCCUCGAGCCCCGCCUCGCCAGGGACUCCCGCACACAGGUGCAGAUCAGUUUAUGUAAGCUGCUGGGGGAGAUCCCCGCGCUGCGUGUGUCAAGUCCGGAGUACGACCGGCUGGUGAGUGAGGCGGCGCGGUGGUUGUGGCGACACUUGGCGGAGGCGCAGCACCCCGCGCUGGCGGAGGCGGCCGGCGACGCCCUCGCCACCUUCAAACUGGAAGACUUCAAGCUCGCUGACGUACCAGAGAUAUAUAGAAGCACGGUGCGGCUGCCGGCGUCGUAUUGCAAAACCCCAGCUGAUGCUGCGAGGAAACCGGAGGAGGUUCUUGAUUAUAUACCAUGCGAGGUGUGGGGCGAGGUGUUCAGAUGCAGCAGCGUGGGCGCGCUGGCGGGCGUGCGGCGGCUGGCGAGGGCGCUGGUGGGGGCGGAGGUGCGCGCCUACCGCGGCGGGCUGUACAACACGGAGGGCCGCGGGGAGCCGCACUCCUACACUCACCUGGUGCCCGGCAGCGUGCUCAGAGGUCUCAUGGACUGCUUCAGGAAACAGGUCACAUCACCCUCGUUCGAGUACUCGGACACGGUACUCCUGGCCAUCCUGGAGACUCUGACCCUGGAGUACCCGAAGCCCCUGCCCCCCAUAGACCUGUGCUUCGUGCACGAGGCGCUGCACCGCGGCCCCGCCUGGCGCGCGCUCUGCCUCAAGCUGGCCGCGAGACAGGCGCCCGUCUCGCCCUCAGCACGACGACUGUUGGACAACUUUCUGCUCGCCGUGCAGCCGGGGAAAUGUCAUGAAGCCGAUAUAAUGUUAGUUUUUGAGAACUUGCACAUCUUAUGUCGCGGCAUGCCGCCAAAUGCGCUGCGCGGGCCAAUAGAGCGUUGUCUUGGUGACUCAUUCUCCUCUCUGCCGAAGACGGUAAGAGAGGGAGAGGAGCCCCUCUUCAUCCAGCAGCUGCGGUACAUGCGGGAGGCCCUGGCGUGUGACAGGAUACACGACGCCAACAGGACUUUACUCUCGCAGAUCAUAGAGACCUACUUUAAUGUUAUACCUGAGGAUAGUGUGUCGUGGGAUGCGUACUUGGAGUGCUGCGGGUUGUUGUCCAGCAAGUACUUGGAGCGCAUGACGUCACCGAGCGGGUGGUGGGAGGUGAGUGCGGGUGCGCUGGUGCGCGCGUGUCGCGUGCGCGCCGCACUGGCAGCAGCCGCAGACUGCCGGGCGCCAUUGCUCUGGCUCAACGAGAUCAUCGACGCCUGCGCACAACUCAUCUCUGUACAGGAGUACUCUCUUCAGUGCAUGUUGCCCGCGCUGCAGGCGGCGCCGCCCGACGCAGAAACCACUAAAGACUGGUUGCUGCAGCUGAUGGCGCGCACGCAGGUCGCCUUCAAAGAGACCGAGGAUGAAUCAGCAAAGCUGUACCUGUGUGACGUGUUCAUGCUGAGCGUGAUAGUGUUGAGCGGCGCCUGGUCCCUCGAGCCGGACGCGAGCCGGGUGUCCGGCAGCCGAGCCGCACGCCGCGCUCUAAUGCCCGCCGCGCUCGCCGCACUACUCACUAGAGAGCAAUGGACGAGCUGCACUCUGCAGAUGUUGGAGUGGAUGUCUCACACGAGGACGGCCACCAGUGAUGUGGCGAUGGCGCAGUGUUGCCAGCGCGCGCUGCUCGCUCUCAGGCACACAGAGCACUUCACCACACACAAGAUAUGGAUGAGAUUAGAGAGCCAUUUUGUGGACACGGAGGCUGCUAGUGCGGAUGACUGAAUACUAUUGUGAAAAAUACCAAUAUUUGCUUUGUGCCUGUAAUUCUAGUCCAUAUAAA